CGCACAGCACCGCGAGGGAGCCGCYGUCCCCGCGCCAUGGCAGGGAAAGCCCAUCGCCUGAGCACGGAGGAGAGGGAGCAGCUGCUGCCGAACCUGCGUGCUGUGGGCUGGAACGAGGUGGAGGGGCGAGACGCCAUCUACAAGGAGUUCCACUUCAAGGACUUCAACCGGGCCUUUGGCUUCAUGACCCGAGUGGCUCUGCAGGCAGAGAAGCUGGACCACCACCCCGAGUGGUUCAAUGUGUACAAUAAGGUUCACAUCACCUUGAGCACCCACGAAUGCGGUGGCUUGUCCGAGCGAGACAUCAAUUUGGCCAGUUUCAUAGAGCAGGUCGCAGCAUCUCUAUCCUGACCGGAGAGGAGCACAAAGGCCAAAUCAACCCAAAACGACGUCCUGCAUCUCACCCAGAGCCUUCACCCUGCGCUCCAAGCUGCUGGUGGACCCGGAUAGUGCAGGCCAUCUGGCAUCCCACCACAAUCCCUUGCUUCAUCCGAUGUAGACCCUUCUCCUGCAGAGGGGAGGCGACUGCUUCGCACCCCUCUAAGCCUGACCUUGUCCCAUGCAAUGUGCAAUUUGGUUAUUGCCGUAACCUUCCUCGAGCAGUAUUAAAACCAGGCACUGGGAGCUCACCCCUACGGUAACGGGCUUUUUGGGAGAGAACCAGGG